UUCGAACCCAGGCACGAAAUAAAUUUUGUUCUUAUAUGUUUCAUUCUAUUACUCUCCAUAAUCUUCCAAGAACAAACCACCACAACUGUAACAAGAAUACCACAUUAGACAGUUAGGAUGGCAUUGAAGAGAAUUAACCGUGAGCUUGCUGAUCUUGGAAAGGAUCCACCCUCCUCUUGCUCAGCUGGCCCUGUUGGUGAUGAUUUGUUCCACUGGCAAGCAACUAUCAUGGGACCUGCUGAUAGUCCUUAUGCCGGAGGUGUUUUCUUUCUCUCAAUUCACUUUCCCACUGACUACCCUUUCAAGCCUCCCAAGGUGAACUUUACUACCAGAAUCUACCAUCCCAACAUCAACUCCAACGGAAGCAUCUGUUUGGACAUUCUUCGUGAUCAAUGGUCACCAGCACUGACAAUCUCGAAGGUCCUUUUGUCAAUCUGCUCUUUGCUUACUGAUCCUAAUCCUGAUGACCCUCUUGUUCCUGAAAUUGCCCAUGUCUACAAAACCGACAGACAACGUUAUGAACUCAGUGCCCGUGAAUGGACUAGAAAAUAUGCAAUCUAGAGAUUAGUUGUAAAUUUAAGAAUAAACAAGCCUCUUUCGCGAUGUGAAAUCUUUGGUA